AUGGUUCUUGGAAUGCGUUUAUUCGGCGGUGGGCCAGUGGCAGAGCUAAAAGUAGACUCAUACGAAAGUCUAAAAUCCGAAACACUUGAAGCCCAAUCAUCGAUGGAUACAAUGAUCGAACGUUGCCAGCCUGAUGUACCAAGUGUGUUACAAAUCUUAUCAAUCGGAAGAGCAUCAUCGUCAUUAGUCAAAAAACUUCAAUCACUAUCAGAUUUCACUCAAAAAUUGACAAUCAAACCAUUACCUGUUCAAGAGGAUGCGAAUGAUUAUUUGUUGGUGCUCAAAAGUGUACGUGAUAAAGCAGAAGUGAUUGUGACGAGAAUGAAUACUCUUUAUGCACCUAUGGAAGCAAGAGGAGCAUUAAAGUAUGUCAGAGCGGAUAUUCAAUCUAUCAAUACGAGUAUGCGAAGUAUAAUAAACGAGAUGAAAAGCGUCUUUCCAGAGCAGUUUCACACUGAAGUUGGAACUAUUGUUGAAGAUAUAAGCAAAGCACUGGAUCAACUUCUAGCAAAGUAUGGAAUAGAAGAGAGCGAAAAGCAGGAAUGA